CUGGCCACAAUCAUCGCUGUAGACUUCACGAUGCCCCUGAGGGGGCCAAGGUAGGGUAUUACACAGACUCAUACGGGGUGCGAAGUAUAUUACAAUGAGUUUCCCCUCUCUGUGCACUGCUCCCUUGCAACGCGACAAUCCUUUCAUCGUUAUACCGUAAGACUCUUUGUGUACAUUGUACGUUGUUCAGUGGCAUUCCGCGUAGAUUCAUCGCUGUGCUAUAAGAGUCACCGUGUCUCAUUUUCUUGUAUAAAAUCUUCUUUUCUCACUACUUUCUUCCUAACCUAUCCACCUACACGCAUCGAUCUGGUUAUCGCCCUCUUACGCCAACAACACCGAAACGACUUUCAAGACUUACCACAACCACUACAACUCAAACGAACGAGAAACUCUAGCAUAAUGUAUCUCCAAACCGCUCUCAUCGCCGCGACUUUCGCAACCCUGUCAACCCUCGCUACCGCGGCUCCAGUCCCAUCCGCUUCACCUUCUGGAGGCCUUACUGCGGCGAUAAUCACGACCAUCCUACCAGCCACCGCCGCUUGUACCGGCACAGAUCAAUAUGCCAAUCAGUGCCGCACCGCCGAACAAGCCGCGCCCCUCAUCAACAAUUCUUUCAAAAAAUAUGGCAUCAGCUCGAAAGCGGAGCAGGUCGCCCUACUCAGCAUCAUGCUCUUCGAAUCCGUCGGCUUCAAGUACAAUCACAACAUUAGUCCCGGCCGCCCGGGCCAAGGCACCCGGAACAUGCAGAUGAUAGGCUUCAACUUGCAGUAUGCGCAGUCACUGUUCCCUCCCGAUAAGGUGGCAGCAGCAAAUGCGUCUGGUCCCAACGAUGUGUUAGCGCUUGUCAAUACGGAUGACUAUAGCUUUGCGAGCGCGGCGUGGUUCUUGACGAGCCAGCCAGCGUGCAGUGCUAUUCGCACCGAGCUGCAGACGGGAAGCACGGCGGGCUGGACGGCAUAUCUGACACAGUGUGUCGGUACGACGGACACUCCUGAUCGGGACGUGAUCUGGAACGCUGCGAAGGCGGCGAUGGGAGUUUAGGUACAAGCUUGAUGCGGCUAUUCCCGCUUCUACUUUGUAUUCUGCUUCGAUCUAGGCUUUGCUCUCUGUGAGAGUGGAAGUCUAGAUAUUCCUUUUUCGAUGGUUUUGUAAUGUCUAGGUCAUUUUGCAUAGACUCAUGUCUCUUAAUGAUUCUCAAUGCUGAUGAAAUUUCUCUAAUUUUUGUUCUUGUCUAAACGUGAGACUUGUUACGUUAAUCCACCAAAAAAAUUGACCAACGCUUGAGCGUUCCCUAAG